CACGCUUUCAACUCCCUCUCGGCAUCAUGGCAGCAACACAGAAACUCUACCCCCGCGGUACCGUCAAGCGCAUUGUCAAAGCGCAUUCAAAUCGCAAUGUCAGCAAGAAUGCCGAUAUUCUGAUUUUCCUAGACUACAUGCUAUUCAUGCAAGAAUUGAUGCGAGAAGCCUCGAUUCGAUCACGCAAAUCGGGCGAAAAGAAUAUAUCUGCAAAUUCCAUCCGCAAGGUGACUGAGAAAACACUGCGCAAAUUUCAGGGAUGAAGCAAAUUCGCUGGACCUCAGGCGAUUGAAUGAUAUACAAAGCAAGUUUUGUGUUUGCGUGUGUGGAUUGAAGCGGAGUUUCUUUGGAAUUGGCGGGUUGGCGUUUACUAGCAUUAUGGCGUAAUUGGUGUGCGGAGUUAAUGAUACCCCAGAAUUUACGAG